AUGGCUGUAGCUCAAAAAUCAGGGAGCACUGAGAAAGAAAAGCCCCGCAGGUUCCAGGAUUCCCAGAAUAUCGCUCCUGAGGAGAAACAAGCCUUCUUUUUCACUGUCCUCAAACCCACUGUCACCAUACCCACUGUCACCAUACCCACUGUCCCCAAACCCACUGUCCCCAAACCCACUGUCCUCAAACCCACUGUCCCCAAACACACUGUCACCAAACCCACUGUCCCCAAACCCACUGUCCUCAAACCCACUGUCCCCAAACCCACUGUCACCAAACCCACUGUCACCAUACCCACUGUCCCCAAACCCACUGUCCUCAAACCCACUGUCCCCAAACACACUGUCACCAAACCCACUGUCCCCAAACCCACUGUCCUCAAACCCACUGUCCCCAAACCCACUGUCACCAAACCCACUGUCCCCAAACCCACUGUCCUCAAACCCACUGUCCCCAAACCCACUGUCACCAAACCCACUGUCCCCAAACCCACUGUCCCCAAACCCACUGUCCUCAAACCCACUGUCCCCAAACCCACUGUCCUCAAACCCACUGUCCCCAAACCCACUGUCCUCAAACCCACUGUCCCCAAACCCACUGUCACCAAACCCACUGUCCUCAAACCCACUGUCCCCAAACCCACUGUCCUCAAACCCACUGUCACUAAACCCACUGUCACCAUACCCACUGCCCCCAAACCCACUGUCCCCAAACCCACUGUCCCCAAACCCACUGUCACCAAACCCACUGUCCUCAAACCCACUGUCCCCAAACCCACUGUCACCAAACCCACUGUCACCAAACCCACUGUCCCCAAACCCACUGUCCUCAAACCCACUGUCCCCAAACCCACUGUCACCAAACCCACUGUCCUCAAACCCACUGUCCCCAAACCCACUGUCACCAAACCCACUGUCCCCAAACCCACUGUCCUCAAACCCACUGUCCCCAAACCCACUGUCCUCAAACCCACUGUCCCCAAACCCACUGUCCUCACUAUUAAAGGACCUUAA